AUGCUUGCGAAGCAGCUGUGUCUGCAAGAACGGCGCGAACAGCAGAAGAAGAAGUGGGAAGCUCUGCGCAGCGUGCGAAGUGCUGCGGGCAGGGAUGCGAAUACAGCUACAGAUGCUACACCAAGGACAGGUGAACCCAAAGCUACUCCAGUUUCAGAACCGAGUUAUCAUACCAGCACCAUGGAAGAUGCCGCUACAGACAGCGAGAUGUCUAAGAUCAGGCCGCAUCUCUGCCGACAGUCAGAGGAGUCUCCGCGCGGAGGCCAUCGACGUCGUCGAAAGGUGCUUCACAACCUCAAAGACGGGUCGUACGAGCGUGCUAUGGUCGAUUUCUGCCAGCGAGAUAGGCGACCGAUGUCUCGAAGCAUCUCUUCAACCAACACGACCGAUGUCGGCAGUGACAACGCUGCUUCGGUUCUAACUUCUGCCUCAUCUCCUGCUUUGUAUGAGCUCGACAGACUCAGAGAGCAUGUGAAGUGCCUUCGCGCGGAGAAAGCGUCGUUGAGAAACCAAAUUGCUACACUGCUCGAUGAGAAAGCGGCUGCUGCCUCGCGCGAGACUGGUCUGCUACGCCGAAUUGCUGAGCUCGAAAACAAGAGGUCAACAGGGACGCGGUUGUCGAGGAUGGUCCUGUUGGUACUGCUCCUCCUUCACCGCCAGCAUCGCAGAAAUAAGACUGGAUACUCUUCGAUCGACUUCUUCAGUCCGGGAAUUGUUUAG